CCUCCCUCUCAGGAAACUCUGUCUCUCUCUCUUUGCUGUGCAUAUAAGUAAGCAGUGGGAAGGCUUUUCAGCAGACAGAGAAAAACUAUGCUAGAGUACUGUAGAUGCAGAGAGGUGUGUGUAGUGUAUCGUCAGCCGUAUGAGACUGAGGCAGCGGCGUGGGUUCUACAGCAUGCAGAUAGGGCAUCUGGCGAGGGCAGCUAUGAUUAUGGCUAUGUGGGUGCCACACUGGUGAGAGUAUGUGGCUGGAUUUGGCCACUACCCUUGUGGUUAACUGCUGGUUUGACUGAUGACUGCAACCCCAAAGAUGAUUGACAGUUGCCUGUGCUGAGUCACGUAGCAGAAUGCCCGGUGUGCCCUGCGGGGCCUUGCAACACCACACUGUGCCCGUAGCCUGUGCCAUCAUCUGUUCCUGGCUGUUGAUCCAGGUCCAUUCUGCCAUUUGCCAGAAACCUGCAAAGCUGCCUCUGGUGGGCCGCAAGCCUUUCCUGGCAGCCUGGAAUGCUCCACUGGAUAUGUGUAUGUUGAAGUACAAUAUCAACGUCAGCCUUGAUCUUUUCCAUAUCAGUGGCAGUCCACGAGCCGUCCACACGGGCCAAAAUGUCACCAUCUUCUAUGCCAACCGCCUGGGUUACUACCCUUUCUACAACGAGCAAGGGGUUCCCAUCAAUGGAGGCCUACCUCAGAACAGCAGCCUUGAAGCACAUCUUCACAAAGCCCGAAAAGACAUAGCACACUUCAUCCCUUCGGAAGACUUCCGUGGCCUGGCUGUGAUCGACUGGGAGUUCUGGCGGCCACAGUGGGAUCGUAACUGGAACAAAAAGUACAUUUACCGACAGCGUUCAAGCGAGCUGAUUGCACAGGCUUACCUUAAUGUGACCGAGAAACAGGUGCAAGAACUGGCACACUUGCGCUUCGAGAAGAGCGCCAAGGAAUUCAUGCAGGGCACACUGAAGCUCGGUACACAAACUCGUCCGCACGGACUCUGGGGUUUUUAUCUCUACCCUGACUGUCACAAUUACAAUGUACAUGCACAUGACUACAACGGCACAUGCCCCCAACAGGAGAGCAAACGCAACGACCAGCUGUUUUGGUUGUGGAACAGCAGCACUGCCCUCUUCCCAGCCCUCGCUAUACGCAAAGGCCACAUGGACAGCAUUCACAACCUGCACUUCUCACAGAACAGGGUACUGGAGUCGCUGCGACUGGCCUCCCUUACCUCAUUGCCCUAUGAGCUGCCUACAUAUGUAUACACACGCUUGGGGUACAGAGAUGAGGCCAUGGCGUUUCUGACCCAGAAAGACUUGAUACAUACAAUAGGAGAAAGUGCUGCUUUGGGUGCUGCAGGAUUUGUCAUUUGGGGGGAUCUUAACCUCACUUCUUCAAGGCUCAACUGUUCCAAAGUAAAGGCAUUUCUGAACCAUAGACUGGGUCAGUACAUCACUAACGUUACCCAGGCAGCAGAAAUCUGUAGCGACUUACUGUGUCAGUCCAAUGGGCGAUGUGUCCGUAGAGACCCACAGGCACCACACUACCUGCACCUGACCCGCGGCAGCUAUCGGAUCCUGUCCAAUCGAAACGGCACCUUCACCGUGACUGGACAGCCAUCUAAGAAUGAGUGGCAGAUGCUGGCCGACAAGUUCCGCUGUCACUGUUAUCAGGGUUAUGAAGGAGAGUGCUGUGAUAGCAUAGAGCCGGAGGAGACAGAGGAGGACAACAUGAUCAAAGAGGAUGUGGAGGAGGGAAAGAAGAAACCAGAGGUCGACAAAGACAUACAGGAUAGUGCUGUGCCUUUACAAAACGCGUUCAUCCUGACUGUUCUACUCCUCUUGUUGAACUUCAGUUCUAUUUAGAGGUGAAGUGUGUAUUUUCUGCACCACUAACAUCAUCAGGGGGCUGUUUCAUAAAACAAGUUUACCAAACAAGCCAUGCUUAUUUCAGUUAGUCUGA